AUGGCAGGCGAGCCGUUCCCUGAUCCACUGGCACCGGGCGAUAUGCACAACCGACAGGGUAUCACAUUGGGUCUCUUCUGGAAGGCACUCUGCGAUUAUGACCUGUGGCCUGCGUACCUAAUCGGGUUUACGUGGGGCACUCCAUUUCAACCAGUCGCAGCCUAUUUGACAUUGUUUGAGACCAAUCUCCUGGUUAUCCCAGAUUUGGCCCUCCCGCUCCUCAUCGCACUAGAAGUUAUCCCAGGAAAUUCGAGUCCCUGGGUGAAAUACGCCCUCAGCAUCCUCAUGGUUGGAUUUCCGUACACAUAUGCGAUCAUCGUCGCCUCGGUCAGCCGCAAUGCAGGCUCGAUAUACCGAGAUGACGAUAAGCCGAACUACCGCCGUGGUAACAAGAUCUUGCUCGGUUUCGUCGCGUGGAACUUCGCACUCAUCAUCGGGACGAAGUACUAUUAUGUGUGGAGGAACUACACGCGCGAGAAGAAAUGGAGUGUGAUGACGCAAGAGGAGAAGGAUACCUAUCUUGAGACAACGACAGAUGAAGGGAACAAGAGGUAA